AUGCAUUGUUCAAAAGUAUUAAGGGCACAAUUAUCGCAGACGGUGUACCACACGAAGAAAGCCUUCGACAAGCGAUUGGAUUCUGUGCCAACGACAGCAUUCCACUAUUACUAUCAAACAAAGAUUAAAGAAAUGCAAACAUAUUCGGGUCCUUCCUCAUCAAGAGAUCAACUAAAUUUUGCACAUUAUAAUAACGGCUUCAAGAGAUACAUCAGAAAGGAAUGGAGUUUACUAUCGGGUACACGGAGGAGACUUUACUACGCAUUCUUUUUUCACUUUACCAAAAUUGACCACACAACAUUGAAUGAGUGUGAGCUAGCAAGAAUCAUGGAAAUUUCAACACCAGCUAUUAGUGAAUAUAUGCUGUUUCGAAAUAAGUAUAAAAGCAAGUUCGACACGAUCUGGAGUGAGCAGGAAGCAACAGUUCAAAGGAAAAAGACACCAGGUACCAGACGAAACGCCAAGAUUUCAGAUGAAAGCAUGAAAGUGACGCUGUCAAAUACCCAACGAGAUCACUUACUUUCACUUUCCGUUGAUAAUACUAGAGAUGACAUUAAAAAUUUGACUAAAAGAUUCAGAGAGAUGUGCAGAGAAUGCAGAACCGCAUGGGAAACUUGCAUUUCUGACGGACGGAAACUCGAAAUCAAAAAGAAAUGGCAGGAACAAAAGCGGCGGUUCGAGCUUCAAUUACAAUACGAACGCAGGAUCCUGGAUUACAACUUGAAUAAAUUGUCACAAAUUGAUUUUCGUUGUAAUUCGCUAUGCGUAGAACUACCAGUCACGCACACUCUCGUUGAUACUAAAUCGAUGGACGUGUUGCGACUAGCAUCUCAUAAAAAAAAGUAA